CUCACCACGUGUGCCUGGCAGCCUCGCUCCCAGUAAACAACUCCCCUCCCCCCUCAACGCUGUCUGUCCACCACCCAUACACAAAAACAUCCGCAAUGAUACCCCCAAUUGACAGCGCCGUCCUGGCAGCAAACCCCAAGUUUGCAUUGUUGCAUAAGACGCUGGUGACGAAACACCUCAAACCGGAUGGGGGGACGAGGAAUCAUCCCAAGGAGUGGGAGCGUCAUGCGCAGGCUACUGAACUUAAAACCCUCCGUCUAAAGUUUACGCGGGCCAAGGUCCUGCAGAAAGCCCUUGAAGAGCUCCCUCUCACCUCUCCCGCUCCGGCGUCUACAAAGACAUCAUCAAGUCGGCAAUCCACACCCGUUACGGAAAUCCCACUGCCUGCAAAGCUAACGGAGUUAAUCAUCCUACUCACCCUCUCUCUCCGCUCGCCAACCGCACUUCCACUUCCAAACUUAUCCGCCAAUAUCCAGGCCAUCGCUGCGCUCGUGUCAACUCACCUCACGUCCCAUGCUCUCCCGCUAACUAGGUUGAUGAAUCCACAUACCAAUCCCUCUUUCCUUCAUCGUCAGAUCCCCAGUCUCGCCAUUUCUAUCAUCGCCCUGCGUGAUCAUGUCACCGGCCUUCGUCUCCGCCUGGCGGCGAAACGCACCACCCUCACCGAUCUCGCUGUAAAGUUACUGCACCUCUACACCGCGCAGGCAGCAACAGUAAUCCGCAUCCUCGAACAAACAACCCACGGCUGCCUCUCCCGGCACUCCCGCGCCCACGCUGAGAUGCUCUCCUUAUCCUGCGCCACCACAGCAGCGGAAGCCGAGUCCAAAUCGCGCAUAGCAGCAGACCUCGUCUACGGGCCCGAAGCGGUCAGAGCGUUGCAGGUGUACCGAGAGCAUUUAAGGGAUGGGAAAGUGAGGAUGGAGAGUAGGAAAGGGGGGGCGGAGAGGGAGUUGGGCAGGUAUGGGGUUGGUAGGGAGGAGGGGGGGAAAGAGAGGAUUAUGAGGGAGAUUGCUAGGGUGUGGGAGGAGAUGGAGGGGGAGGUUGAGGAGGUUAAGGGGGAUAUUGGGAGGUUGAGGGGGCGUUAA